UGCUCGCACUGCACACUGGGUGUCGUCGUCGUCUGUAAGUUCAAACAAAAUGGCGCCUUCCACAAUCCAGAAAUUACGAUCGGCCAUUACAGGCGAACCAAACGAUGAUUCCCUCAUAACUGAGAUAAAUGAUGCUACAACACUAAGUUGGUCAACAAGAAUCAAGGGUUUCAUAAUUUGUUUUAUCAUCGGAGUGUGCUGUUCUGUUAUGGGAGUGAUUUUUCUGUGGAAAGAUAUCAAGCUAUUUGCAGUCUUUUACUCAAUUGGAAAUAUAGUGACUUUAGCAAGUACCUGUUUUCUUAUGGGUCCUUUUAAGCAACUAAAGAAUAUGUUCAAGGAAAAGAGGCUUAUUGCAACCAUAAUAAUGUUGACUUGUUUGGUACUAACACUGUGUGCUGCACUUUGGUGGGGAAGCAAAAGACUUGCAGUGCUUUUUUGUAUUUUACAGUAUCUUGCAAUGACAUGGUACUGCCUUUCAUACAUCCCAUUUGCAAGGGAUGCUGUCAAAAAGGUGUUCACGAGUUGCAUGGUAUAGAUAUCAAGAAAUUAUACACAAGAGAAGAUUUUGUAUGGCUGGGUAACCUGUGGUAAUAUCACUUCCCAUAGGUUUUUGGUGUGAGUAAAUGAAGAAGCUUAUAUAGAGGAUAUUACACAGUGUUUUACACAAUGGCGCAAAUAUGUGAAGUUUAUUACACAUUUAGGUUCAAUAUCUGUAUGAUAAAGCCAUGAAUAAAAACGAUAUCAGUAAAGUGAUAAGAUAUAGCCUGCGUGCAGCCAAACUAUCUAUCUGUUAAGUUAGUAUACAAAAGAAAAGUCCGAAGUCGGGCUGAACGCAGGCUAGAUAAGAUAUCACUUCACGAAACAAAACAUUUUAGUAUAAAUUUUGUGUAAUAGUCAAAUAGACACAAAAGAAAACAAUUGAAUUAGGUUCUACUAAUGUGUAUUAGUCUAAUAUCUUUUUCACAGGUUUAAUGACUUCACCCUUAAAAGCUUCAUCAGGAGGAGAUUCAGGAUUUUCGAACUGGGAGUCACAUUGUUUACUAGGCCUCAAAGUAGCUUAGACAAUUCUGGAUUUUGACAAGCAAAAUUCUUCGAUCUGGGUUACCUACUCCCUGGAUCUGCCUUGUUUAUGGUGUAAUAUUUUAGUGCCAUACUAGGUGAUGAAUGGCACAAUCACAUUUAAUGGACUGAAGUAUGGUUUGAAUAGAAUGUGCUUUUAAUGCCGAGGUUAUAACUUCACAAAACAUCAAAUUCUGUAUGCUUGAAUGAAAAUUGAAAUCAGAAUCUCCAAUAUUUUGCAAAGAUUUUAGGCCUGACUGAUCUAAAUAGAAAUAGACAAAUAUAUAGAGGUUAUCAGUCAACUAAGCUUCUGAUACGGCUGUGUAUUUUUACGAGUCACGGAGUUGUUUAUCAUUUAGUUCUGCAAAGAAAUGCUCAAACUCUCUCUAUAGUAAUACUAAACCCUAUCAUACCCAGCACAAGCAGAUGAGAAGUGCUGAUGCUGUCUCAUAUCGGGCAUGGACUUUUUCCAUAUCACGCACGUUCUUUGCAGAAUUAAAUGAUAAAAUCCUUUAUCGAGCAUUUAAUCCAGUAAUCAAAAAGAAUUGAUGUUUGGUUUGAGAAACGGUUUCUUAUCUCAAUAUAUGUUGAGAUUCUUAGAUUGAAAAGCAAAAAUGAGACAAGUCUGUAGUACAAACAUCAUUAAGAUAUUGUACAAUAAUAUCUGUUUAUUAAUGUUUAUUAUUAUUUAGUUAAUUCUUGUAUAUCGAUCAAAACUUGUAAAUUAAAAGUGAAUAAAGAAAUUAAGAAACAAU